AUGAUUCCACCAACAUUGCCAGCAGAUGCUCACCACUGGCAUAGCAUGGAGAGCUUUCAGUACAUUGCACGGAGGAGAGCCGAAGAAGAGGUUGCCGCCAUAGCACUGAAAGACUCGGAAGCGCAGACAACAGAAACAUACAAGGAGGAGCUUGAUCACGAUGAAUUGGAAGAGGAAGAUCCGAUAGAUGACAGCGCAAUUACGACUGAAGAUAUAUGCUCAAAGUCGACAUACUUCCCAUAUCCGAGCGAAACGGCCGUCCUUCUUGAUACUCUUGACAACUUGGCUCGAUGCCGCUUCACGGGCGUACAACUUGCAUUGAUCUUGCAUUUGCUCAAGCGGACCGGAGCUCGUGAUGUGCCAAAAACCCUCAAAGCGCUGCGCAAAAUCCAGAAGGAAGUGCACGAGAACUUCGAGGACAAACCCAUAAAAGUCACGUCGGCUCAAGGGAACAUAUUCUAUAUGAACGACAUACAGAAAUCAAUUGCACGCGACUUUUCAAAUCCACUUAUUGCACCACAUCUCCAUCUAUAUCCCGAGGAAGUGAUUGGUGGCCCCGUAACAGAGCGGUGGCAGGCUCAGCGGGCAUUAGACUACUUUCCCAAUGAGCUAACUCCCAUGUUUAGCAAUGGGCAUCGGCGGUGGUGGAUCAACGAGGUGGCUCAGUUAAGAGAUGGGCGUUUCAUUAUUCCGCAAACCUGGAUUGUGCGAAGUGGACAUCUGACCUGUGAUGCAUACAGUGUUCAAAGGACAGCAGAUUUGCACUGGGAUUGCGAUGGUCGAGAGCUACAGGUAAAUGCCGAAGAGCUUGAGGCUGAUUUCGAGGACUUGAGGCAGCGUUUUGGCUCGGAUUUUAUCUGGACUGAACGUUCAUCACCUUUUGUCUCAAGCUUUACGAUGCCGAAUCCAAAACGCCAGCUCAGUGGUGAACGUGAUUUCUACGUUCUUGGCUUGACAAUCUGGAUCGACGAUGUGUCUGGAAAUCGAUCCAAGCAGUAUAAUAAGUUCAUGGUAAUGGUCGCACAGAACACAGCACUUCCUGGCAAGCUCUUGAAGCAGGAAUUCCAUGUCCAUUUCAUGGGUGCGUCACAGCAUGUAACGACAGCCGAGCUCAGCGCUGCACUUCGAGACACUCUUCAAAGCACUGAAGAGAACCCAAUCAUCUGCUUCAAUGCUCACACUAAGCGUGAAGCAGCCGUGACUCUUCGUGUAUCUGACAAGGAUGCCGACAACCCUCAGCAAUCCGAAGAGGCCAGUCAUAUUGGCUGCAACGGGAACUGCCCAUGUCGCAAGUGCAAAUGGGGCGGGUCAAAGAAGGAGAAGGAGUUAGAGGCUCAGUACCAUGCCUGUCAUGAGCCGGGUGUGGCGCGGACAGCCGCCGAAAUCAGACUUGAGCUAACAAAACAGCUCGAGAUGGCCACAAUGGGCAGCUCAGCCGCCAUUGAAGCUCGUCAGAAAGAGACUGGAACGAAGGACAAACUGGCACAAUUUUGGAUUGAAAAGGUUCUAGCCCAAGUCACAUCAAUGAAGACAGCAAACCCGAGUCGGUCUCAAAAAUCAAUCGCUGCUGAAGCGCAACAAUGGUUGGAUCAACAGCCAGGCGAUAAGAUGAACCCGUUGUUGGAUAUCACAGGAUUAGACCCAGCUCGUGAUACACCGGUCGAAAUUCUGCACACAGUCCUUCUCGGUGUCGUCAAGUAUAUUUGGCAUCACCUUCAUACAAAACAGUGGUCCGACACAGAUCGACACCUUCUGGCGAUUCGGCUCCAGUCAACCGAUACGAGCGGGCUGAGCAUUCCACCAAUUCAAGCAGCCUAUAUGAUGCAAUACCGCAAUAACUUGAUUGGUAAACACUUCAAAACGCUUAUGCAAAUACUCACCUUCCACGUUUAUGGACUCUGCACACCCGAACAGCAACAGCUCGUUAAAGCGGCAGCAGAUCUUGGCGCACGUGUCUGGGUUUCUACCAUCGACGACAUGGAACUGUACAUCUCCGAGUUAAAGUUGGCUAUCGCAAAUGUUUUGGAUGCAUGGGACGCUGUUGACCCACUCAGAAUCUUGGUCAAAAUCAAAUUACACUUACUCGCUCACCUGCCUGAUGAUGUUCGUCGCUUCGGGCCAGCGGUACGCUUCUCUACGGAGACCCAGGAGGGAUAUAAUGCCGUCUUUCGGAUGUGUUCUAUCAAUGGCAAUAAACAAGCCCCGAGCCGUGAUAUUGCGGCAAAGUUUGCGGCAAUGGAUGGGGUGAAGCAUCUGCUCUGCGGUGGGUUCUGGGAGUCCGCCACAAGCAGGAACAAUAACACACUCACCAAAGUCUGGCUUGAGCCCGGGCAUGGUGUACGGAACAUCAUUUUGCAAGAUCCGGUCUUCCAGCGACAUCUUGGCUGGGUCACGACGGAGAGCGCCAGUCCGGGGUCUGUUCGGCUGGUUGCAGAAGAUCGGAAUCCGAGUAUCACUUGGCCCCACACGCAGGCAUCGAAGUACAUCAGCAUCAAGUCUCCAAAGCCACCAGCUGAUAGUCUAUGGAAAUUUGGCCUGCAUGUGACGGCAAAGAGCGGAGACAAGAUAAAAGUGCGUGGUUGGGUGUUUGCAAAAGACGUUGACGAUGCCGUGGUGUUUGGCCGUGUCUCUGAAAUUGUCUCUUCCCAAUCAACAUGCUUCGUCACACUGGAGCGCUUUAAUUGCACUGAGAAGCGACAUCCAGACCUCAACUGGCCAGUUGUUCGCCGUCCAACAGGCGAAGAGAUCAUAUGCGGUGUUUCAUCUUUCGUUGUGGUAACAGGCGCCCAGCUUGAAUUCACUUGUUCUGUACAACACGACUGCAGGAGAGGAAGCUGUCGUCCAUCAGUUACAGGGAAACAACGCCAAGAACGGCAGGAAACAACUCACGACAUACAGUUAAUCAAACACGACGAUGACGACCACUUCAUUCUAGACAUGGGCGCAAUCCAUAACUUCGAGAAACUUACGCGUGUGCUUCCCUUGCAUAUGUACAAGCUCAGCCCGCUUCAAAUCAACCGAAAGGAAUUCCACAAAGUUGCAUCGCUCAAGGCACAAUCUUCGCGAUUGGCCGCUCGGAAAAGAACAGCCGACAGGCGCGCGCAAACGGCUUCUGCUAAGAAGAAGCUGGCAAAGGAGCUCGCAGUGGAGGCAGCUGACGCCGAGUCAAAGGCAACACGAGCGAGGGCAAUUGCCGCCGGGUUGUUGGCCCCAGACGACGGGGAAGAAAGCGAGUUGUCGGAAUUUGACUCUGAUGUUGACUCAGUCGCAGAUGGAGCCAACUUGAAUCUUGACGCGGAGGAAGAUGGCGAUGAGGAUGAGGAUUAUAUUGCAAAGGUAUACAGCAAUAAGCGGGUCAGAAAUGAACAGGGAGGCCGGGAUGGGGGUGGUAAAACAAGGAGGACAUGA